AUGCAGACUGACCUUAGCACGUCGGUCGGCAGUUGGAGUUUUGCGGACCGAUGUGUUUCUCUGCUGCUCUGCAAGUUCUGCCAACAGGUGCUUAGUUCACGGGGCAUGAAAGCUGUGCUUCUGGCUGAUACAGAGACCGACCUCUAUUCCACAGACAUGCCUCCCACCAGUACAGUUGACUUCAUUGGAAACUGCUAUUAUACAGAAAUGUGCAGUUGUAAACUGAUGAAUGUUGCUUGUUUGAAAUGUGGUAAUGUUGUAGGCUACCAUGUGAUUGCUCCAUGCAAACCUUGCUUGUUCUCAUGCAACAAUGGACACUUCUGGAUGUUUCACAGUAAAGCCGUUUUUGGAAUUGACAGAUUUGAUUCAUCUGGUACAGAUUUCUUGCUCUGGGGCAACUUACCAGAUUUACAUGAAAGCACUGAUGAAGAUGUAUCCAGCACCUCUGAGGAGGAAUAUAUCAGAUAA